AUGAACAAGUGGAUACUUUUCUUAGGGCUGGCAUUAGCCACUGCCAGUGUGGUUUAUGGCGAUUUUGGUGUCCCGAUUAAUGUGCCGAAUUUAUCUGUCGGAAUACGGUUGGCCAUCGGACUUGGAGUGCAACCAGUGAUGUUCGUGAGAAAUGCAAUCAGCGUCAAUGCCAGUCUUGACCCCAGCGGGGUACUUCCCGUGCUUGAGAUUAUAGUUCGUAAUGUAACCUACCCGAUGGGAGAUUUGCUGACGGCUAUUUUACGCGCUUCGAGUAAUUCGGUAUCGGAUGUGACAUCAGUGUUUCAACAGCUGCAAAACUUGACCACCAGCACAUCGCUAGCCAUCGCAAAUGCACAAACCGUUGCUUCUACUCUUCAAACGUCCAUUUCGUCUACUCUGUUUUCAAAUCUUACCGACAGUUUGAACUUGCUGGCAAAUCAAGUGACGGAUCUGGGCCUUGCUUUGCAGCAAUUAAUGUCAUCGUUUAAAACAAUUUCAACAUCCUAUCCACCGUAUUCGGUGGCCAAUGUGUCCAUGAUAGUAACUCCUGGCUUAGUGUCCACUGUUACCACACCGCUGAGAUACCUGAGCAACACGAUGGUUAGUGUGACGGUUGAUGUUUUAUCCAUUGGAAGAGAUCGUCAGAAUGCCAUAUAUUACUCGAAUUCUAUAAACAAUACAUUGGCAAACGAUAACGCCACCUUGGCGCAGUACGUCAUGGCAGUGAAUAAAACUGCAACGAGCACCCUACAUUCCGCAAUACAAAUGGCAAACAUUGCCCUGGCAGGAAUUACACUGUCCUAUACCUACAUCGAAGCAUCACCUUCCAACUACAACAACGGAAACCUAACCAAGCUCAAUGCUUUCCUCACCAAUGUAACUGCUGUGAACGGUACGGCAUUCGCCAAGGUAGUGGACGCUACGAAUGCCCUGGUGGGAAAUGUUAGCUUAACGGUGAACCAGGAGACGAUGAAAGUGGGAGCAACACUGUACACUGCCAUACAAAACCUGACGAAUCAAACUUCCAUCAGUAGCAGCCCGUUUGCGGAUACAUGCCUGCAGAACUACGCUCAGGAGCUGACCGGACCGUAUUCUUCGCUGACUCGCUUUUUGCCGUGCAUCCAACUGGAACUGGGAGGCUUUCUACCGAUAACGCAAGCUGCAACGGUUCGCUUCAGUGCCGUACGGACUUCGGUUAGCUCGUCUGCUAUGAGGUUAAAUUUCUGCUCAAUCCCGAAUGGCAACUGUACCGUUUCGUACUUCACCGACUUUGACGACUACACGGUUCGACUGACGAACGGGAUGACCCUGGCCACGGAAGUCGUAGCCUUCGGGAUGUACAAUAUCCAAGGGCGGAUGACGGAUUGCGUGAGGGCUGUAUCCUGCGAUAUUCAAGAUGUGAUCGAUACGGUGCAGGAGAACUACGGUACAUGUUUGGCCACGGGAUCGUAG